GAGGUGUAAUCCUUCUUCAUCCUCCACACCUUCAAGAAUCCACUUGAACUCUGACAUUCUCGCUCCCAUCGAUUUCCAUACGGAAUUCUUCUUUUUUUAUCGAUAUUACAAUUUUUUUUUUCAUACUAAUCUAUUAACUUUUAGUCCUAGAUAGCUCAAUUGGAGUACUUCCAAAUGAGUUCUCAAGUAUUCCACAUGUCCCAGAUGAAGUUUUCUCCGUCGUCGUCAUCGCCAACGCCGCCGCCCAUCGCCGGCCUACCCAUCGUCACCAUAUCCAUCGCCGGAAUCCUCGCCACCUUCUUCCUGCUCCUCAGCUACUACGUCUUCGUGAUAAAAUGCUGGCUCAACGCACACCACUCCUCCCGCCGCCGGCACUCUGUUUCCCUCUCAUCCGCCUACGAGCAACGCGGGCUCGCCGAGUCCGCCAUUCGGGCAAUUCCGGCGUUUCGUUACCGACAGCUAAGCGUAGGUGCCGCAGAGUGCGCCGUCUGCCUCAGCGAGUUCCAAGAACAAGAGAGGAUCAGGCUGCUGCCGAGCUGCCUCCAUGUCUUCCACAUAGACUGCAUCGACACAUGGCUUCAGUUCAACGCCAAUUGCCCGCUCUGCAGAGCCAGCAUCACUGCGCCUCCAGUUCCAAUCAAUCCUCUUGCCAUGGCAUUGGCUCCGCAAUUCAGUCAUCCUCAUGACGCAUUUCUAGAAAUAAGAGACGAAGAAAUAAAGAUGGAGUUUUUAGGGAGCAGAGGAGACGAGUGCAUCGAUGCGAGGAAGGAGGAGGAGGAGAAGCUGUGUUUGCAGCGCAUGAGGAGGUCCUUCUCGGUGGAUUCUUCAGGGGAUAUGCAGCUCCACGUGGCGCUGCAAAGGAUCUUGCAGCAGAGCUCGCACGAAGGGAGCAGCAGCGUCGGCGGCGGCGGAAGAUUCAGGCGAUCUUUGUUGUCGUUUAGUCGGAGCUCGCGCAGUUCUGUUCUUCCUCUGCAAAUGGAACUGUGA